GCGGAGUCACGUUCUGGUGCUGCGAAGAAGCAGGCAGAAGAGGCGGCUGCGGGAGGGACAGCUGCGGGUCCCCCUGUGAUUGGUGAGAAGAGGAGGCCAGAGCAGAAAGCUGCUGGUGGUGUUGAAACCAAACGUCGGAGACUAGUAACCAAAAGGUCUGCUCCGGCGCAGAAAAAACCUGCGGUUGUCGUUGAGCGUCAAGAUGAAGAUUUUUCUAUCUUCGAUGCUCCGGAGUCCCCUCCGCGUGCCAUGGGUGCGGGUGGAACGGAGGUGCCGUCGACACCUCCCGUCAAGGUGGUACCUGAGUCAACCGUGCAGAAGGAGGGUACCGCAGAGAAUGCUGCGGCCCAGAUAUUUGAUACUGUCGACUCGUCCAACAACCUGAUCUCUCCCAAUGAGGGAGACGAUUUGAGUUUGCGGUUCACUGCUACUGGGAAGCAACAUUCUGAUGCUGAACCGCAAAAAACUGGCGCUGAAGCGCGGCAGCAUGAUGCUGGGCCGCAGAAGUCUGCGGUUGAUAAGGGUACCAGCUCGUCGGCCGGUGGUGCGGGGGGGAUGAUAUUGCUAACGAUCCUGCGGCCUGCAGGGAGAUCUUGGGCGGUCUGGGGACCCCCUUUGAAGUUGAGCGGGCUCGUGCCGCACCGCGGGAGCUGCGUAUAA